AUGGCAAACUCAAAUUACGAUGGCGGCGAGAAGAAUUCUUUUGAGGAGGAAUCAGAUGAAGAAAAUGUGAUUCUCACAUUGGUUCCAGUUAAUGAGGAACAUAAUGAAGAACAUCAAAUGGAAUCAAGUGUCUCUUCGACUUCAGAAGUCAACCUGAAGACGCCUAGGACAGAUGACAAAGUUCAUCUUCCUCAAACGAAUGAACAAUUCAAAACUCGCCCCAAACCCAGAUGUGAAGCACCCAUCCUUCCCUUGCCGGCCAUUUUGCCUCCGAUUAAUAAAGUGCGGCGGGACACUUUGAGGAACUGGUGCCAACAAUUUCAUUUGAGUACUGAUGGCGACAAAAUAGAGGUUUAUCUGAGGCUCCAGGAGCAUGCUUACUCUGAACAAAAACAGAAUGUUCCUGAAACACCACAGGAGGCCAAACUUCAGUCAUGUUCGGGGAAGUGCAAGAUGGUGACCAAGAGAGCAAGGGUUCCGAAACGUUGUAAGAAGCCUGAGAGAGAGGAAGGGACUAAUAUAGUUGAAGUAAUCACUUCAGCGCAGGAAGCCAUGUUGGCAGCGUGGGCAAGAAUUGCUGCCAGAGCCGUUCAACCUAAGGCUAUGAAUUCAUGUCCCAUUCCUACUUCUGUGGAGACCUUUCUGCCACAAGCCUCUGGUGUCAGGUGGUGUGUGGUCCAUGGCAGACCUCUCUGGGCAGGCACGGAGGGUUGGGUUCGCCUGCACUUCCGUGCGGGUCAGACCUGGGUGCCUGACACUCCCAGGAGGAUGAGCUCUCUCUUCCUGCUGCCAGCCUGCACGUUCCCAUCCCCAGACCUGGAAGACAAUAUGCUAUGCCCUGAAUGUGCUCAGAGGAAUAAAAAGAUGAUGAGAAGAUUCAAUACAAUGAAGAAAAAGAAGCAAUCUGGUGUGAAUGCAACAUCAUUCCUUUUGAAUGGGCCAUGUCUUAAUACAGAAUAA